GAUUGACAAGUGGUUCUGAAGAACUAUGUGAGUGGCGCAGGUGAUUGGGCGAGAGAUGGAUUUGGUGGGCGAGCUACAACAUCGAGCGGAAGAAUGGCUUAUCAUACUGGAGGAGGGAUGCAAGCAGCUGUGGACGAUAGUUGGGGUGCUUACGAUGCGGCAGCAGGAGGGGGAGGAGAUCGAUGGGGGGGCGAUCUCCAUGGAUCAGUGGUUGGAAGACAGGACCCAGGAGAUGCUUGAUAUCAUGUGGGAGCUGGAGGAGGGGCCGGAUCCCCGGCUCGACGCCUACAUCGACUGGAGGCGGGCGGAUGAUAGGAUGGGUGCUUGCAAAGCCCUCUUUACAAUGGGACGCAAUCUUCGUAAUCAGCUGGAGAUUCGAAAAGGAAAGGGCGAGAUGGGCGACAAGGGCGACAGGGACGUUUGGGUGGAGGGUGGAGUGGAGGCUGGCGAAGAGAAUUGCGGCGACAACACUAACAACAGCAAGAACAACAACAACAACAACAUCAACAACAACAUCGGCAUCAAGGAUAUUGAUUGCGACAACAACAACAACAUCAAUGACAACGACGGCGACAACAUCAACAACAACAACAACAAUAACAACGAUGACGGAGGCAGUGACGAUCAUGGCAGCAGCAGGGCAGAGAGUGGUGCCCGUGCAUCUGAGGUCAUCAUUAGCAUGAUGGCUGAGAUGCUGCAAGCGGACGUGGUGGGGAUUGGGGCUGACAUGGAUACGGGGUUUGCUAUCUUCCCCCCCUUCAAUGAUAACGACGGCGACAACAACAACAACAACAACAACAACGAUGACGAGGGCGGGGCGACUACCACGGCAGCAGCAUGAUGGGACUGAUACCGCAGACGGACGCGGUGGGGAUGGGGGUUGACACAGGAAAGUGGUUUUCUGUCUUCCCCCUCUUUAGCCUCGAUAUGGAAUUGCUUCCCGUUGUCUGCCAGAGGAUAGGAGUAGGAUAGUCAGUGAUGAUUGGAGUUCCCCGGCCCGCAAUACCAAUCAACACUGGGGUGCUGAUCACCCUGGGGGUUGGAGGUGGGCUGUUUAGGGAUUAGGUUGCAGGAGGUCAAUCCUUCCCUUGCACAGGGAAGUAAUCAAUGCCCCUGACAGUU